GCCAUUUUUGAUGCACAAAAGUUGUUGCCUGUCAUAUUGUAUUUGUAUUGAUAGAAAGAAAGAAAACGAGUGCUUUGUCCACCGUUCUCCUCACAACCUAGAUAUUUUCUUUUAUUUGUUGGACAAUAACAACAGCUAUUUAUAAUGAACGUGGUAGACCAUGUGCGGGAAAUGGCAGUGUCUGGCCUCCACUCCAACGUCAGAUUAUUGAGCAGUCUGCUCCUGACCAUGAGCACCAACAGCACGGAGUUAUUUUCACCUUCCCAGAAGUAUCAGCUGCUGGUGUACCAUGCUGAUGCUCUCUUUCAUGAUAAGGAGUACCGGAACGCAGCAUGCAAGUACACUAUGGCCUUGCAGCAGAAGAAGACCCUAAGCAAGACCUCUAAAGUGAGGCCAUUCCCUGGGAGCACUACAUCCUCCCCACAGGCCCAGAGCCUGCCCUCUGAGAUUGAAUUGAGAUAUAAAAUAGCUGAGUGCUACACCAUUCUGAAGCUGGAUAAAGAUGCCAUCGCAGUGCUGGAAGGGAUUCCUACCAGACAGAGGACUCCCAAGAUUAACAUGAUGCUGGCUAAUCUGUACAAGAAGGCUGGACAGGAGCGCUCGGCUGUGACCAGCUACAAGGAAGUCAUCAGACAGUGUCCCCUCGCUCUUGAUGCUAUCAUAGGUCUGCUGUCGCUGUCUGUGAAAGGUGCAGAAGUGGCUUCAAUGGCUAUGGAUGUGAUUCAGAGCAUCCCCAAUCUGGACUGGCUGUCAGUGUGGAUAAAGGCAUAUGCUUUCAUACAUUCUGGUGAUAACAUGAGAGCCAUCAACACCAUCUGCUCCCUGGAGAAGAAGUCCCUGCUUCGUGAUAACGUGGAUUUGCUGAUUAGCCUUGCAGACCUGUAUUUCAGAGCUGGGGACACGAAGAACUCCAUCCUCAAGUUUGAGCAGGCUCAGAUGCUGGACCCCUAUGUGAUCAAAGGAAUGGACGUGUAUGGGUACCUUCUGGCUCGAGAGGGCCAUCUAGAGGAUGUUGAGGUCCUAGGAGGACGUCUGUUCAACAUCUCCGACCAGCAUGCAGAACCCUGGGUAAUCUCUGGGUGCCACAGCUUCUACAGUAAGCGGUACUCUCGGGCGCUCUACCUGGGAGCCAAGGCCAUCCAGCUGAACAGUAGCAGUGUACAAGCCUUACUGCUGAAGGGAGCUGCGCUGAGGAACAUGGUGCGAGUCCAGGAGGCCAUCAUCCACUUCAGAGAGGCCAUGCGCCUCGCCCCCUGCCGCCUGGACUGCUAUGAAGGUCUCAUUGACUGUUACCUGGCGUCGAACAGUAUCCGUGAAGCCAUGGGGAUGGCGAAUAAUGUGUACAAGACCCUGGGAGCGAACGCUCAGACGCUCACCAUCCUGGCCACCGUGUGUCUAGAGGACCCCAUGACACAAGAGAAGGCCAAGACUCUGCUGGACAAGGCGCUGGCACAGAGACCAGACUAUAUCAAAGCUGUGGUCAAGAAGGGCGAGCUGCUCAGCAGAGAGCAGAAAUACGAGGAGGGAAUCGCUCUGCUGCGGAACGCCCUCGCCAACCAGAGUGACUGUGUGCUGCACAGGAUGCUGGGAGAUUUCCUGGUGGCUGUCAAUGAUUAUCAGGAGGCCAUGGACCAGUACAGCAUCGCACUGAGCCUGGACCCGAAUGACCAGAAGUCCCUGGAGGGCAUGCAGAAGAUGGAGAAGGAGGAGAGCCCGACAGAGGCGACUGCAGAUGAGGAUGUGGAUGAUAUGGAGGGCAGCGGGGAGGAAGGGGACCUGGAGGGCAGUGACAGCGAGGCCGCGCAGUGGGCUGACCAGGAGCAGUGGUUCGGCAUGCAGUGACCCAGCGAGGCCGGACCAGGUACCGCCAGGGGAGAGCCAUCUUCUCAUCGACCCAGUGAGCCAGGCACUGACCCCUAACACAUAGUGCCUCCUGGUGGUAGACUUCACCUACUGCUUGUGAGAAUCAAAGAUCACACUGUUAGUCAAACAAGGGUUUGGUCAGCUUAGUGCUUUUCAUUCCCAACUUAAAAUUUUAAGAUAAUAUAAUUAGACAAACACCAUCUGACCCUGUACUUUUUUGACUAACUGCUGAGAAGGGUGCAUUGUGAGAAUGAACUUGGCAGAGCUUCCUACCUACCUGAAAAGACUUGUGAAUAUGUUCCUUGUUGUUUUGUUUUUUUUCUUUUGACAAAGAUUUUUGAAUAUAAAUAAUGUAUUUUUGUAUUAUUUUAAUGGAAUAUCUUUUUUUUUUUUUUCAUAACCUGAUCUGAAAAUCAUUGGCUUGUAAUAGUUGUGUACCUAACAGCUGCAAGAUGAAAGGAACAGUAAACAGGAAAGGCAAGGAUUUGGUCUUGUUGCACACUGCGGCAUGGUCUGCGUGUGGAGAGUCACAUUCCUGCUGCAGCUUUGGUGCACUUGAUGAAUCAUUUCCCUUUUGUGGAAAGCUUUCUGGUUAAGACUUUUCUAACCCAUUUAAUCAAGAACCCAGAAUGUGAAGGAACAAAAUCUUACUUUCAGCCUUCUUCUCGAGGUCUAUUUAUGUCAAAUAUUGUUUGUAUUAUGUGUACUAAAUUAGCAUGUGCGUACCGAGAUUAGAGAGCUUUUUAUUCAGUUAUUAUGACUUUAAUUGGUGGUGCUUUGUUGAUCUUUUUGUUGCCUUGGUCUCUGACAGUUCUUGCAGUGGUCUUAAAGCAGUGUUCAUGAAAGAUUAGCACACAAUCAAAUGCACUCCUUGGCACGCUAAUGCUUUGUGAAUACAGCCCUUAAGACCCAUAUAUUAGUGGACUUGGGUCCCAGUGUUUACGUAUUGUGAAUGGCGCCCUGGAGAUAUUGGUGUUAAAUACCUUCUUAGUCACUAGCUAACUGAAAGAAUGUGGAUGUGUAAUUAUGAUACAAUGUUUCAAAACUAAAAAAAAAAAAAAAACUUUUGUUGGAAAAAACUAUUAAAUCCAUUGUGGAAAUAUCUGACUCCA